AUGCAGGUCUCGCAACUCUCGGCUACGAGGGCGUGCCUAUCCUCGACCCUACCAACCAGAGCAUCAUGCAACAGACUCAGCACUCCUUCAUAUCGUGCCCUCUCUCACCUGUCCACGUCCCGGUCGAACGUGCCGCGCCAUGGUCUCACCGCACGCUCUCUGUCAGCAAGCCGCUUCUACUCCACGGCGCCCUACGCUGGUGCUCCCGGGUUGAAGGACUUCCUCCGCAUCUCGGAUGAAGUUGCCGACGCCAUUGCCACCAACAAGCCCGUCGUCGCCCUCGAGUCCACCAUCUACACACAUGGUGCCCUUGGGAAUGACUUGGGCCUCGAGGACAUUGUUCGUCAGGGAGGCGGUAUUCCCGCUGUUUGCGGUAUCCUCGAUGGCGUCCCCAUCGUCGGCUUGACCCCCGAAGAGGUCGCUCGCAUGGUAGACUCGGGCAGUGCCCGCAAGGUCUCCCGCCGUGAUAUUGCCUACCUGGCUGGACUUGGUCUUGCUGGCAACAAGAUUCACGGUGGUACCACCAUUGCCGGCACCAUGCUGCUGGCUCGCCUCGCCGGCAUUCGCGUCUUCGGCACCGGUGGUCUCGGCGGCGUCCACCGUGGUGGCCACGACUCGAUGGACGUCUCUGCCGAUCUCACUGAGCUCGGCCGCACCCGCGUUGCCGUUGUCUCGUCUGGCUGCAAGGGCUUCCUCGACAUCCCCCGGACCCUCGAGUUCCUCGAAACCCAGGGUGCGUUUGUCGCGACAUUUGCCGACGGCCGCAAGGGUCCUGUCGACUUUCCAGCAUUCUGGGCCCGCACGAGCGGCACCCCGAGCCCUCUCGUCGUCGAAAACGAGAAGGAUGCUGCUGCCAUGAUCCUGGCGCAAGAGACGAUGGGCAUCGAGUCGGGUAUGGUCUUUGCCAACCCCAUCCCCGAGGAGGCCGCCGUCCCUGCCGCCGAGAUGGCUGCCGUCAUCGAGACGGCCGUUCGUGAGGCCAACGAGAAGGGCUUCACCGGCGCUAGGAACACGCCCUACGUCCUGACCGCCAUUCGGAAGCAGACUGGCGAACGCAGCACGCUGGCCAACAAGGCUCUCGUCCGAUCCAACGUCGCUCGUGCCACCACCAUCGCCGUCGAGCUCUCCAAGCUGCAGAGCGGGACACCCAGCCUCACCGCGGCACCAACAUCAAGCAACUUCGUAUCCGGAAUAGACAAACCUUCACCACCCAAGCAAACUACUCCAGCCUCUGUUGGCACUGUGCCAACCAAAGUAGACAUACUCGUCGCUGGCUCCGUCGCCCUCGACCUCGGCUGUGACUACGCUCCCACCACCAAAUCCACUAACCCCUCCCCGAAGCUCGAGACAUCCAACCCGGCUGCCAUCAGUCAGUCCAUCGGCGGUGUCGGGCACAACGUUGCCCUCGCUGCGCACCGUGCCACAAAAUCCUGCCUCGUCCGCCUCUGUAGUCUUGUUGGCGCCGACGCUGCCGGCGAUACGGUGCUUGCUGCCCUUGCUGCUGAGGGCCUCGACACCUCUGCCAUCCGCCAGCUCCCGGCACCGCACCGCACGGCGCAAUACGUCGCCGUCAACGACGCCUCAAAGAACCUCGUUCUCGCCAUGGCCGACAUGGAUAUUCUCUCAGCCAAUGCCGUCCCCCCCUCCCAAUGGCGCGCCGCCGUCAAGGCGGCCUCUCCCUCGUGGCUCGUUGUCGACGCGAACUGGGCGCCGCGUGAUAUCCACGCCUGGCUCGCCGCCGGCCGCGCAUCCCAUGCCAAGAUUGCCUAUGAGCCUGUCUCCACCGCCAAAUCCACAGGCCUCUUCCCUUCAGACACAGAGCUUGACGUCUUCCCUCAUGCUGCCGUCGACCUUGCGUCCCCAAACACGUACGAGCUCGAGGCCAUGUGGACCGCCGCGCGCGAGAACGGACACCUCGCGACGCAGGGCUGGUGGAAGGUCGUCGACGCUUUCGGCCUCCUCGGCGCCCGCGAUGCCUUUGUGCGUCUCGUCGGCGUCGAGCUCGCGGAUGCGGGCGUACCGGUGCAAGCCGUGCAGCUCCUUCCGUACAUCCCGACCGUCGUGACGAAGCUCGGCGCCAAGGGCUGCCUGCUGACGACGAUCCUGGGCCGGGAUGACCCGCGUCUGAGUGAUCCCCGGGAGGAGAAGUACAUUCUCUCGCGGUCGAAGAAUGGGAACCCGCAUGUCGGAGGCGUGUACAUGCGCAUGUUCCCUGCCGCGGAGAGGGUGGAUGAAAUUGUCUCUGUCAACGGCGUUGGCGAUACAUUCUUGGGCGUCAUGGUCGCGGGUCUGGCCAUGGGCGGACGCGUCGAGGGAUUGAUCGGCGUGGCGCAGGAGGGUGCUGUCUUGACGCUGAAGAGUCGCGAGGCGGUCAGCCCGGAGCUGGGCAGCCUGGAGGAGAGCUUGAAGGAUGCUGUCGACCUGUCGAGGGCGUGA